AUGACGUCAAUCCUCUUUCAGAGAUUCUUUGCCAACCACGGUUUCCGCAGGCUUCAUUCAUUCAUGGCCUCUCCAGAUAUAGCCAGGACCGAUUCCAGCUUGUGCAGUUUUCUCAUCAAAGCUAAAGCCCAGUAUCUCCAAGCACAGUCUAACACUCAUGAAUGGACGAUUGUGAUGGGCAAUGAAGCUGGAGAUCUGGACUCUAUUGCCAGUGCGAUAGCCUUUGCAUGGAUAGAGUCUGCAAAGAGCUCAUGCAUCCCUCUCAUCCAGAUGGCACGCGAAGAUCUCAUCCUGCGGCCCGAAAACAUGCAUGCACUCGCGUUAGCGGGGAUCCAAAAUCCCGCGGAGGAGCUUCUUACUCUUUCCGAUAUCUCUCCCUCCUCAUUCCCUCCGUCGAUCAAGUUCGCGCUUGUCGACCAUAACCGGCUUGGAGCCGCAUUCCCCUCUCAGGCCCCGGUUGUCGCCGUCAUUGACCACCACGACGACGAGGGCCUUUACACGGAGACUGCACAUCCGCGGAAGGUAGCACCGGCUGGGAGCUGUGCCUCGCAUGUGGCACAGAUGCUGCUGCUGCCGGCGGCGGGGGAUGAUGCGAUGCUGCCAGUGCGGGAUGUUUCGACGCUCUUGCUUUCUGCCAUCCUCAUCGACACGAAUUGCCUCAAACCCGGAGGCAAAGCCCUGGACGUCGACCGUGAGGCGGUUCGCAACCUCAUCCCACGCUCUGCAAUGGACUCGCCAUCGCUGCUUACAGACGAGUUACCCGCUGCGGUGAGGCGAUUAUCGGACGAGCUUGCGUCAAAGAAACUGGACGUCUCCCAUCUCAGUACUUGGGACCUGCUUCGACGAGAUUACAAGGAGUACACCUUCAGCCUAAACUGGAUCCAGCCCGUUCCUUCCUCUAUUCACGCCGGGCUGGCGUCUGUGUCCGUAGGGCUGAAGGACCUGGCCGACCUGGAGAAUGCAGCGGACAAAUGGAUGGCAACGCGGAAUCUCACGGUAUUCGGAGUGCUCACGUCGUUCCGGGAUGCCGAAAAGCUCGGGAAAACGAGCGGGAAACCGAAGCAUCGGAGAGAGAUGGCGUGGUUUAUCCGGUCUAGCGAUAAAGCUCCGGCCGACGAACUAGCCUCCAGACUGCAGAAAGGUCUGGAGCAAAGCGAGGAGAUACGCGCGCGGAGGCAUGAGCAGGUGGCGCUGGAGGGUAAGCCCUCGGGAAUGCGAGCCAUGGCUUACGAACAAGGCAAUGCACAAGCCACACGUAAAGCCUCAGCGCCGCUGCUUAGAAGUAUCAUGGAAAGCAAGCAGUGAUUUCUUCCGUCGUACAAUGAUAUCGUAUGUACCUAAAUCCCAUCGUCGCUGGAUCGAUCACGCGUCAUGAUUCGCACACGAGGACAUGCUGCGCGAGUCGGGCCGAAGCCAGUCUGGCCAGGAGUCGUCCUUUUCGUCGACAAGAGAGGAGAUGGAGAGAUGGAUGCUGCGCGGCUUCGUCCGCAGCGAUCCGAUGGAGCUCGUCCGUCGCCGGUGCCGCUGGCUGGGUGUUUUCUUGCCUGUGAACGCAGGGAGGGAUUGCCAGCUCCACGGGUCCUCCUGGAUGGACCCGAACGACGUUUCAGAGCUCCCCGUAGACUCGUCGCUGCCCCUUGACGUGAAAGACAUGGCUGGGAGGGAGGGAAGUGAAUGGUGCCCGUGGAGGCGCCGGACGACCGCUACGCACCAACAGAAGUGUUCAGGAUCUGCUGCUCUAGACUCCUGCCCUGGUAAAACCGUCUGUAGCCCCCGAACAUCACGCGUGGAAAGGGCUCGAAGAGAUUGCAGUCGGGGGCGGGGGGCUCCACGACUGCCGCCACCCGAUGCUCCCGACGCUCCGAUGCGUCCAAAGAGAGCCGCCCUUGGUCGUCGUCGCCACUGCCGCCGCCCCCAACUCGCCACUUGAAGCAGAGGAAAGGCAUCGGAAGAGACGUGGAGGAGUUAAGAAGCUAACGCAUAGUUG